UUCAUUCGGCUGUACGCUCGUGGAAGGGAUUCACGGCAGGGAGACGACUCGUGUGUGUGUUCGGCUAGAGUGCUUUCCCUGUUUUAGUGCUUUUUGUUUAUAUUUUUCACGCUCCGGGCUUCCCUUUGCUGCUUUUGUGCGGAUUCGAAGCGUGUAUUUCAAAUGUAUGUAAAUAAGUGAAAAGGGAAUGUAAAGUUAUUUUUAGCUUGUGAAGAGCUCAGCUGUUUUUUGUUGUUUCAACUUCAAUUGUUUGGAAUCAUUCAUUCAUGUAUCUGGACACGUGACUGUGGGAGUUAUUUAUAGAACUGGAGCUCGUUCAUGAGUAAAUAGGUUAUUGUUGUUUAUUUUAUACUUGAACAAUAUAUGAUACAGUUUUUAUUGUUGUCGUGUGUGACGCACUGAAUGAACACAGGGGGAGAUAACUAGAAUGGUCAAACAGUGUCAAUCAGACUUAUUUCCCCUGUGUAAGCCGGGCUGUCAAAUUUGGAUCAACUUGGUGCUACAGUGCAAGUAGUGUGUUGUUUUUUUUUUUCUCUGUGCUGAGUAUUUCUCUUGGAUUAUUUACUGAUUCGAUCGUUCAAUGAUGAACUGCCUCAGUGCGAACUCAGAGGAGUCCACCAAAAGCAGAAAGCUACUGCGCUUUAGCCCAAAGCUCCGCAAACGGAAGUCGGAAAAGGGCGUCCAUGGUGUAGGCAUGGCAACCGGUAACGAUGGCCAUGUUCCUAAUGGUCUUAACGACAGAGAGCGAUUAGAAAUGAAGCAAGCUUUUGAUAUGUUUGAUAAAAAUAACGACGGGAAAAUCUCGUGUGACGAGCUGGGAUGUGUGCUGAGGACUUUAGGACAUGAGUACUCACAGAUUGAGAUAGAGGACAUGAUCAAACAUGCAGAUAUUAAUGAAAACGGCUACGUGGAGUAUGAUGAGUUCCUUGUUUUGAUGAAGCGGUGGUCCACACAGGCGGUGGAUGUGCCAGAGGAAGUGGAUAAAACAGAGGAUAAAACCAAAGAAACAUUCAAGGUGUUUGACAUGGAUGGCAAUGGGUACAUUGACCAGCAUGAGUUGCGGUACAUCAUGAAGAGGUUGGGGGAGAACCUGGAGGAGGAGGAUGUGAAGGAGAUGUUCCAGCUGGCAGACCUGAAUGGCGAUGGGUUGAUUGAUUAUGAUGAAUUUCAGAAACUCCUGGGAGGUCUUGGUGGAGGUCUUUCUGGUGCAGCGGCAGCGCCAGCGCCAUCUUCCUCAUCAACAUCCUCAUCCUCCACUUCAUCUUCAAGCAAGCAAACACCAAAAUCUUCUAAGUCAAAAGACGGCAAGAAGAAAUGAGAAUUCCUGACCUGUGAUACAGAGUUUAUGAAUGUGUAAAGCGGAGACAACAAAAUAUUUAGAAUGCGAGACAGGUUUAUUGACAUUACGUAAUGCAUAUGCACAGAUGGAGAUUAUAAAUUAUUAGUAAAUCUAUGAGUGAAUACGUUGUGGAAGAUGAAGUGUUUUUUUUAAUGGUUGCUUUUCUGAGGCCAGGAGUAAAUUUAUUUUAUUUUCAUUAACAUUUAUAGGCUGACUAAAGCUGCUGAUUUUAGUUUGAUAUAGAUUACAUAUUUUUCCACAUAUACGAUUAGUCUUAAAUCUAAUUUUUUUUUCAUAUUAGUUUUGUGUCGAAAAAAUCUUAACAUUUUAAAGAAGAGAA